AAAAACCACGUCCAAAAAUAUAUUUGAUGCAACUUGCUCUUCCCACUUGCCUUGUCCGGCGUAAUCCCGCCAGAUAAGAUCAACCCUCCCUUCCCUUAUUUUUCUCUAUCUCUUAAUCACACCCACUUCUCCUUAAUCUCUCUCCUUCCAAAUUAUUUUCUCUUACAAACAGAGAGAAAAAAGAGAGUAUCCUAUAUUCCUAUCAUGCCUCCUACUCUACAACUUCAAACAUAUACGACCACAACUACAACCACCACCACAUUCAUGACCGAUACCACCGAUAUCGCACCGGUGGUUACAACUAUGGCAGCAGAGAUGAAACCGUCGCUAGCUCAUGAGUUAGCGAGGGAGCUUUCUCUCUGCUGCCCGUCUCCUGACAAGGAAAUGGAUACAGUAGCUACGUACCACAACCACGAGGUGGGGUCAAACCAGUGUUGCUCUGUUGUCGUACAGAGGAUCGCCGCCCCUAUUGAAACCGUAUGGGCGUUAGUCCGCCGCUUUGACCAGCCGCAGACGUACAAACAUUUCCUGAGAAGCUGUCGCGUGAUCGCCGGAGACGGGUGUGAAGUCGGAUGUUUAAGGGAGGUUCACGUGGUGUCAGGCUUGCCAGCUUAUUGCAGUACGGAGCGGCUGGAAGUACUAGACGAGCAGAAACACGCGAUAGGAUUCCGUGUUGUGGGCGGUGAGCACCGCCUUCACAACUAUCGAUCCGUAACCACGCUGCACCCCUCGUCCUACUCUUCUUCUACCACCGACGGUGCUGGUGGUGGUGGUGGUGGAAGAGAGGACAACGGUGGUGAGACGACGACGACAACAGACAGUCCCACGAGCGGCUGCAAGGGGACAGUAGUGGUGGAGUCGUAUGUCGUAGACGUACCGAGUGGUAAUACAAAAGAAGAGACGUGUGUGUUUGUUGAUACAAUUGUACGCUGCAACUUGCAGUCUCUCUCCAAAAUAGCUGAGAGAAUCGCCAGAUCAUCAUGUACAACACCUACUACUCCAUCUUCUUCUUCUUCAUGUAAAGUUUCUUGAUUUUUUUUAAUUUUUUGUUUAAUCUUGGAUUUGAAAGAUUAAUUUAAUUCUCUUUUUGUUA